CAAUCUCUGUCUCUUUGUCUGACUAAACAUUAUUGCCUGGUACUUGGUACUCGGUUCUGCGAUAGCUCCUCAACAUUCGACAGCAUGCCUAUACAACUCCUGGCUUUUGUCUUUCUCUUCUGUCUUCCUUGGAUUUUCUUCUUGCUGUUCAAAACUUCUUCCCCUGCUGCAACCAUCAAGAAGAAGAACAAGCUCGUUUCUCCACCCACGACGGUCCUCCCAAAAACAUACCCUGUAAUUGGUUCCUAUUUAGACCUUCUAGCCAACUUCGACCGCCGUGUCCUGUGGUUCUCCGAUAUCGUCCUCAUAUCACCCGCCAAUACAUACGUCCUCCACCGCUUCCUGGGCCAGCGAGCUGUCAUUACCGGCAACCCCGCCGUCGUACAACACAUUCUGAAGACUCAUUUCCCGAUUUACCAAAAAGGCCAAGCCUUUCGCGAAACGCUCACAGACUUUCUAGGCAACGGCAUCUUCAACACGGACGGUGACACGUGGAAGUUCCAAAGGCAAGUCGCAAGCCAUGAAUUCAACACGAGGUCUCUGCGUAAAUUCGUUGAGCAUGUCGUGGACACCGAGCUCAACCAACGCCUCAUUCCCAUUCUGGCCACGGCGGCGGCCCAAGACCAAAUCCUCGAUUUCCAAGACAUCCUCCAACGAUUCGCAUUCGACAACAUCUGCAAAAUCGCUUUCGGCUUCGAUCCGGAGUACCUGUCGCAGUCACUGGGGCCCAGCAAGUUCGCUCAGGCUUUCGACGCCGCCACCGAAAUCAGCAGCAGAAGGGCCGGUCACGCGCAUCCCAUAACCUGGCAAAUACAGAAGCUUCUGGACAUAGGAUCCGAAAGAAGACUACGAUUAGCAAUCUCUGAAGUGCGCGAAUUCGCCAAGAACAUAGUCAGAGAUAAGAAACGACAGCUCACCGAGGGGGCUUCCCUGGAAUCGGCCGACAUGUUAUCAAGGUUCUUGAGUUCGGGGCACUCGGACGAGGACUUCGUGACGGACAUAGUCAUCAGCUUCAUACUGGCAGGAAAGGACACCACUUCAGCGGCUUUGACGUGGUUCUUCUGGCUGCUUUCGAAGAACCCAGAAGUGGAGAAGAAGAUUGUGAAGGAGGUCGGAGAAAUAUCGGAAUCCCCAGUGUACGAUGAAGUGAAAGAUAUGGUAUUCACCCACGCAGCGUUGAGCGAGAGCAUGAGGUUGUACCCGCCGGUGCCGAUGGACACAAAAGAAGUAAUGGCGGACGACGUUUUGCCAGACGGGACCUCCGUGAAGAAGGGGAUGAGAGUGACAUAUCACGUGUACGCCAUGGGAAGGAUGGAGAAGCUGUGGGGGAGCGAUUGGGCUGAGUACAAGCCGGAGAGAUGGCUGGAGAGAGAUGGAAAUGGUGAAGAUUCGGAGAAGUGGAGGUACGUGGGGAGAGAUGCGUAUAGCUAUCCGGUGUUUCAGGCAGGACCGAGGAUUUGCUUGGGGAAGGACAUGGCGUACUUGCAGAUGAAGAGAGUGGUGGGUGCGAUUCUGACGAGGUUCAGGGUGGUUCCGGCGACGGCGGAAGGAGAGGAACCACAGUUCGUCUCCUUCUUGACGUCCAAGAUGAAGGGCGGCUUUCCAGUCAAGAUUCAUUCUCUGGUCUAAAUAAUGCACUUGUAUAAAACUGGAAUAUUCUAUAUUCUUUUAAAUUUGUAAUAAACAACUGUAGUUUUUAA